AUGAUCAUGGGAGGCCUCCUGGACGACGACUCCAUAUCGGCGAUCAAGGAAUAUGAGCGAAAGGCCAUCACGGCACAACGCUAUCCAUAUAUCCAUAAAGGAAUCCCUACUAUCUCCUUUACGGAUAAGGAUGCGAGCGAGCUGGAUAUCCCUCAUCUCGACCCACUCGUGGUCACUCUGCAGAUUCACGACUGCGACGUCGCGAAGGUUCUGGUUGACACUGGAAGCACGAUGAACCUCAUCUUCCUAGAAACAUCGGACCGCAUGGGAGUGGAAGAGAGGUCCAUCAAACCCACAUCCCGUCCCCUCACCGGCUUCACCGCCGAGCACGUUUACAGUUGCGGUACAGUCCGACUCCCUGUUUAUGUCGGCGGAAUUUCAAAACUUCUGAAGUUCAUUGUCAUGGACAAACCGGCCAUCUACAACGCAAUCCUUGGCACCCCCUGGCUCCAUGAAAUGAAAGCCGUCAUCUCAACCUUCGACCAGUGCGUGAAGUUCCCGAUGCCUUCCGGAAUUUUCACUUUACGUGGGGAUCAAAGGAUGACGCGAUCAUGCUUCCUUCGCGAACGCAAGCUUCGCACCGCGUCAUCUUUCAUGGUGAUCGAGCCCCCAAACCAACAGCCUCGUGAAGAAUCAAGGCCAACAUCGGAUGACGAGACCAACAGAUCCGACGUAACGAGACGCAUCGCCACGACGCAAGAGGCUAUCCCCCCGAUCCUUCAACAAAGAAACGCCGAGCCCACCUGGAAAUCCGACUUAAGAUCCAACAUGAGCACUAAGAAACCCAAGAAGCUCUCUAAUCUAUUCGAAAUGGAACAACUCGAGGACGAACCGCUACGAAGUUACUUGGAUAGAUUCAAGAGCAUGCUGCUCGACCUCGACGAGAUCCCCGGAGCACCCCGGAUCUCAGAACCAGUACUCAUCCAGGCCCUCGGAAACGGACUCCGGCACCAAUCUAGAUUUCGGGAAGACUUCCGCCUCCGCCCCUUCUCAACCUUGAAGGACGCCUUCCUUCGCGCUGAAAAUUACGUUCGCAUCGAGCAGGAUAUCCCGCAGCUACGGUUCGACCCGAAAGAUCCCCGGAUCCAUUCAUCCCCUUGCCGAGACGACGCUCAUGUCAGCGACGACGAGACCCGGAGGAGCAUAGAGAACCGCGCGCUGAGCGACCGCCAUGCUUCUCCGCAGUGUUCAUUCUCAGAUCAGGAGAUACUCGAAAUCAUUGCCGACAUUCGGAGGACCCCCCUGACGAGCCGCCUCUCCGAGAUACCACUGAAGAAACGUACCUCGCUGCACCUAAAUUUCUACGACGGCCGGGACGAUCCCAAGCAAUGGAUCUCGUCCUUCAUGACAACCAUGAGAAUACCAAAAUAUGCCUUCGAUGAUCUGGCAGCCGCCUUCCUAAAGCAACACCUCCGCUUCGCACUCGACGACCUUAUCUUGUGCAAAUCCAACGACGAUAGGGUCGACCGCCUAGGCAAAUUCGGCUUCAGCUGGGAAGGACCAUAUCGAGUCGCACGAGUUGUCAAGCCAGGCAUCUAUCAGCUCGAAGACAACCUUGGCAACACGUCCGAACGCCUCUGGAGCUCAACGGAGCUGCGCAAGUUUCAUGACUAG